UCAAAGAUAAGGUAUUCGGUAUUUACUAAUUUUUGCAAUUCAACUUAUGGUUCGGUAGGAAUACAUUACAUGCAGAUGGCCUCCAGGGACUCCGUUCCUGUUGCUUUAGCUGAAACAAGACGUUUAUCCCAGCAGAUGCGUGCUUCGUACGACGUAUCCCAGGAAACCUGCAGUAUAGGCAAUGUGUCCGUCUCGCUAGAAACUCUGCAAUCAAAUUUGUUCUCACUAAUAGAGCAAGCGAAAAUUCGGAUACACAAAGCUACCGUCAAUCAAACGGCUCCGCUAACGGAGAAACAAGCCAAAAUGUUAAACGAUGCCAUAUAUUCGAUAAGUUCGAUCCUACGGAAGGAGAAAGAGUUGGCCACCAUGCAGAAGGAAAACCGAUCGGCCGCGGUGGUCUGCGGAGAUGAAUUCCAGGAACAGAUGUGCACUUUAACGAAGAAACUGAACACAAUUUCCAUCGAGAUGGCCAAACUGAAACGGGCGAACGAUAACAUCAUGAACAUCUAUUCCAACUAUCAGCUCGAGAACGAGGAAGAGUGUGAUUCUAACGAUGAUGAAACAGCUAGCAGCGACGAGGCAAAUGAUACGGUUUUCGCCAAGUGAAUUGCGAAGCAAAAAUCGAUUGACGAAAAUGUUCCUUUUUUGAAAUAUAGGUGAAAGAGGAUUUGUUAUAUGAUAGUUCUCCAAUAUGUAUCUCAAUAAAUUAGAUUUGCUCUA